AUGAAACUGAGUGUGGGAAUAUUUUUUGGAGGUUUAUUCGCAGCUCUAGGAGUUUUGCUCUUUUUGGUGGCAUUUGGAACUGAUUAUUGGCUUCUUUCUACAGAAGUAGGAAGGUGUUCAAAAGCACCUGAGGAUGUUGGGACUGAGAUGGCCACGUUUCAUCAUGAAGGAUUCUUCUGGAGGUGCUGGUUUAGUGGAAAUAUAAGAGAGCAUAACACCAGCAUGUGGAAGUUCUGGUACACCAAUCAAUCACCUUCUAAGAUUUGCACACAUGCUUACCUCUCACCAUUUCCUCAUAUCCGAGAUGAACACAACUCAACUUCUUAUGACUCUGCAGUCAUUUAUCGAGGUUUCUGGACAGUUCUUAUGCUCCUGGGAGUGAUCACUAUUGUGAUGGCUAGUUUUCUGAUCAUCUGUGCAGCUCCUUUUGCCAGCCACAUUCUGUACAAAGUAGGAGGAGGUUUUUACAUUAUUGCUGGUGUCUUGUUUUCACUGGUAGUCGUGAUGUAUGUCAUCUGGGUCCAGGCGAUGGCUGAUCUUGAAAACUACACAAACGUGAAAAAAAUGGAUUGCCCAGACUUUGCUGUUUAUGUACGCUAUGGCUGGUCUUUCAUGCUGGCUCCAAUAGGAGUAUUUUUUGCUUUAUUAGCAGGCAUGCUGUUCUUGUUGGUAGGGCGUGCCAUUUAUUUAAAUUCAGACUAG